AUGGCGAGCAAGGUGCUGCAGGAUGCGCGAGACGGGCAGGAGGUCCCAGGCGGAGGAGAGGGCCGCCUCAACGUUCGGCCCCCGUCCCUGCAGCCGGCAUCCGGGAUGUCGGGCGGAGUGCGGGGGUAUCAGACGUGGCCCCUGCGCCCCAUUGCGGCGUCCCCCCAGACGAGGUCGCGGCAAGGCGCCCAGGCCUGCCGGAAUGAGCCCGCGGCGGACGCGCAGGCGGUGGGCUCGCAGAGUGCGUCCGAGAGGCUCGAGGCGUUCGUGGCCGGUUGCGGCGACCAGCCUUCUCAACGGCUCUGCUCCUGGUUGAAUGUCUGUGGGCCAGAGUUAGCCGACCAGAUCCGCUGCAACAUCUUGGCCAUGGCAGAUUCGCUGUUUGCCCCAUCGGCCCAGUUUAUGCGCCUUCCCUUGCAAGAACAGCAAGGUAGAAAAGAGGAGACAAGUGUGGUGGUGAAGUUGUUCUACAAGUUACUUGAAGGACAGCUCAGCUAUGAAGAACAACGAAAGCCGAGCAGUGACUUCGCACCACUGUUGAAUUCUGCUCCAUUUCGAAAGUCCUUGUUUGCAUGCUGUGCAGUCUUGACUGCUGCUGCAUAUGGGACGCCCUUUCUGGACCAUACUGCGGUGGUUGAAAAGCUGGGGAUAACAGCAUUUGACAUGGGGAGAAAUAUUGAGAUGCUCGUCAAGGCAUGUCCAGAUUUGCCUCCUGAGUUCAGGGAGCAUCUCCUAGCUGUUGAAGAAGAGGUCCUUGAACUGCGGGCCUGGCAGGCGGGAUCUUCAUUUUACUCUUUCGUCAUCAAUGCAGACAGGUGCCUCCGCAGUCUCCAGGCUGGGCCAUCAUCUGGUAAGCUGCAAGUUGUUGUCCCCUGCUGUGGUUGUUGCUGUUUUUCCGUUCCGUGA